GGAAAGAAAGGGUCUGGGGAUAAUUAGGAUAUGGGGAGGGGAAGAGUGGAGUUGAAGAGGAUAGAGAACAAGAUAAACAGGCAGGUCACGUUUGCAAAAAGGAGGAAUGGGCUUCUGAAGAAAGCCUAUGAGCUUUCAGUUCUCUGUGAUGCUGAGGUUGCCCUCAUCAUCUUCUCCAACCGUGGCAAGCUCUAUGAGUUCUGUAGCAGCUCUAGCAUGCUCAAAACACUUGAAAAGUACCAAAAAAGCAGUUAUGGUUCGGUGGAAGUCAACAGACCUGGCAAGGAGCUCGAGCAGAGCAGCUAUCGGGAGUACUUGAAGCUGAAAACUAGGUUUGAGUCCUUACAACGAACUCAGAGAAACCUUCUUGGGGAAGACUUGGGCCCUUUAAACACAAACGAUCUUGAGAAGAUUGAGCGUCAACUGGAGUCAUCCCUGAAGCAAGUCAGGUCCAUUAAGACGCAAGACAUGCUGGACCAGCUCUCUGAUCUCCAAAAUAAGGAACAAUUACUACUGGAAGCGAACAGAGCUUUGACAAUAAAGCUGGAUGAAAUUAGUUCAAGAAAUCACCUUGGACAAACAUGGGAAGGCGGUGAGCAAAGUAUGUCAUAUAAUCCUCAGAGUGCUCAAUCUCAGGGGUUCUUCCAGCCUUUAGAUUGCAAUCCCACAUUGCAGAUAGGGUAUAGUGCCUCAAGCUCGGACCAGAUAACUGCUACAACUCAUGCCCAACAAGUCAAUCAUGGGUUUAUCCCCGGAUGGAUGCUUUGAGUCAGCGUUCCAAGCAAGCACGCACGCACGCAUCAGUUAGGCAAAUACUUGUUGGUGGCCGGUGGCAAUAUCUUAAUGCAUGGUUCAUAAUUAAGCAUUUGUAAGCUCUUAUUAACAUAAAAUUAAGCAGCACUGACUGACUUACAGAGCACUAUGGAACCUUUAGCCAAGCAAAAGGCAUGUAAGGAGUUCAUAUAUAAUGUUGAAAACUUAACCCUUAUGGGGAGAUCGACUUAAUUUAUUAUGGUUUUCAGACAAAUUAAUA